AAAAAGGCAGCGCCACCUCAUCUCGCAAUUCUCAUCCCUCAAGGUUCCUAUGGUCAGACUUGUGAAUAUUGAUGUAAAAGAAUACAUGCUCCAUUAGAGAAGCGUACCAAAGUUGUACAUUAAAUUAAGGCAUUAAGCCAACCCCCCUCACACGUACAACAUCAUCUACUUUCUCUCUUAAAAACCACACUCUCUUCCUUUCUCAAUAUCCGCCUCAUCAGAACACAAACAUAUUUUCCCUCCCAAAUAUUUGUGCUCAAAAAACACACUUCUCAUCAAGACAUAGUUGAUAAACAUAUGGGCACUCUAGUGGGACAUGUGGCUCCAGGUUUUGGUUUCUUGUUGAUAGGUUUGUGGCACCUCUUUAACCACAUCAAGCUCCACGCCCUUAACCCAAAGUCCUACAAGGGCCCAUCAUGGUUCCCAAGUGCCAAGUUCAGAUACAUAGAGCUUGUGCUCAUCAUGGUUGGCUCCACAGCCUCCGUAGCCAUGGAACUCUUCAUAGGCCCUGAGCGGCACCAACCUCUUGACCCAGAUGGAACCAUUCCCUCCAACCAUCUCCACAACUUCGAGCACUCUUCAAUCUCCAUCACCUUCUUCCUCUACGCAGCAUGUGCCAUCAUCUUGGACCGGGCCCGAGUCCAGGCCCAAUUCGAACUAACCCAAUUGCUUGGGGCCAUAGCCUUUGCCCAACAACUGCUUCUCUUCCAUCUUCAUUCCGCGGACCACAUGGGCCCAGAAGGACAAUACCAUCUUUUGUUACAGAUUUUGGUCUUUGUUUCAGUCUCCACCGCCCUCAUUGGAAUUGUGCUCCCCCAUAGCUUCUUGGUCAACUUUGUUCGCUCCGUCAGCAUAUUCUUCCAGGGUUUGUGGCUUAUUGUGAUGGGCUUCAUGCUUUGGACACCUUCACUCAUACCCAAAGGUUGUUACAUGAACGACGAGGAUGGUCACAUGGUCGUUAGAUGCUCUUCUCACGAGGCACUUCACCGCGCUAUUUCACUUGUCAACAUCGAAUUCAGUUGGUUCAUUAUCGGUGUGACCGUUUUUGCGGUUUCUUUGUACUUGGUUUUGGUAAAAGUUUAUGGGGAGAAGAAGGUGGAGUAUUUUUCGUUGGGGAAUGAGGAUGAAGAGUCAAACGACGACGUUGAGUCACAAAAGAGCGGUGCCUUUGAUCACAGCAGCAAAAGCUUCAUUCAGGUGGGCAAAAUCUUUUCUCAAAAUGACAUGGAAAGGUAGAUAGAUAUGUAGAGAGUGCGUGAUGAAAGUAUGUUCAUGUUAAUUUGUGAUUAGUGGUUGGGUGUGUACAGGUGUCUUUUAAUUAGGAGUUAAAUUAAUUAAUUUAGUCAGCAACAAAGUAGUUGGCUAAAGGAAUGUUGUGCAUGUGGGUAGUUUUGUAAGGGAAUUAUUUUGAUUUGAUUGUGCUUGCUAGUUGGGGCAAGAGUGUUUGCUGUUGUUCAAAGUUGGCGAUGACGUACAGUUACAACGUGCUUUGCAUAGUCUUUUACUUUUUUAUUCACAAAUAUUAUUUGUUAAUUUUUAUUAAUGAAAAAAGUUAAAUCUA